CACACAUUUAUUUCUCAGCUCACAGUAGUGGUGUGGCGUCGUCGUCGACGUCGUCUUUGAGCUCAGAAAAUUCGACGCUAGGAAGCUGAAAAUUGAAAAAUGGCGCUAGGGUUAAUAUUGGGGAUUGGGAGGGCGUUCCGGAAGAAGCGAGCAUCGUCGCUCGAUAUUUUGACGUCGAAGAGGAGCCCCAAGGGCUAUUACAAGGGCAAAAAUUGCAAGCCUACCGGUUUCCACACUCGAAAAGGUGGUUAUGUUGUGGUUCCUGAAAAGUUGCCAAACUAUGUGGUGCCAGAUUUGACGGGAUUCAAGCUAAAGCCAUACGUAUCUCAGUGCGCUGUAGAAGCUUCCGGGUCAUCUAAAUGAACACGCCUGGCUUCGCCUCUUUCCAGCGCUGCUGCUCAGACUGAUAUGUUUAAACUCAUAACUGAAAGAACAUCUGUUUUAUGUUUUACUCCCUAUAAAAUUAUACCUUUCUGAUUUGAAUUGUAAUGGUGAUAAUUUUAUUUCAGAUAGUACUACUUUCAUGAGUUUAGUUAUAGUUAGGCUUAUUGUGGCCCAUUUAGGUGAUGUUUCGGAACUGAUAUCCACAUUCAAAUAGUACUAAUAAAAAUGAAACAUUUUUCUUCUCUCUUA